AUGUCAUUCGAACAUCACGCCUGUAUUAUUCACCAUAAAAAGUUAACUCUGUAUUUUACGUCAAAGGACAACAAUAUACCUGAUGCCAGUACUUGCAAAAAUUUUAAAGAUUUCCAUGCAACUCGCCUUUAUAAUAGAUGGGCGAAGACAAAGAUACAUAACAAUUUCUCGAAUCGAUUAGGCAUUUCUUUCACCACAUCAUACCACGUAUAUAACAGUAAUAUCAUAGCCAAGAAAGGCCUUGAUUUUAUGUACGGCGAAACUUACCAGAAUUUUAAACACACCUCUAGUUCUUCUCCAAAAGUCAGAAAAAGACAAGAGGCACGUUUAAAUGCAUCUAUAAGGCAUACUUUUCAUAACACCAAUUUACGUGUCGAUGCUCCGAUGGAUGAUAAACUUCGAGCUGCAUGA